CCAGGAUCCAACCUUUCCCAGAUCUCAUUUAAGGGUUGGCAGUUGAAAAGAGGGGGAUCUCUCUGGAGAUCUCUGUGUACUUGAGGUUUUCCAAAGGUCUAUAUCAUCAAUGUAACAUGGUCAGACCUGACUUCCCAGAUCAUCUACCGGAGAUACAGCAAGUUCUUUGACCUGCAGAACUCCUGACCUCAGACACCCGGAGCUCCAUCUACAAGAAAACAAAAUUGCCCAUUUUCAAUAAAAAUCAUGUCUCCGUAGGCAGAAAAAUGCAGCUUCUGGACAAGUUUCCCAUUGAAGGAGGACAGAAAGACCCCAAACAAAGAAUCAUCCCUUUUCUACCAGGUAAGAUCCUGUUCCGGAGGAGCCAUGUCCGAGAUGUAGCUGUGAAGAGGCUGAAGCCCAUUGAUGAGUACUGCAGGGCGCUGGUUCGACUUCCCCCUCACAUUUCACAGUGUGAUGAAGUCUUCAGGUUCUUUGAGGCUCGUCCAGAAGACCUCAACCCUCCAAAAGAGGACUAUGGAUCUUCAAAGAGAAAAUCAGUUUGGAUGUCCAGUUUGUCUGAGACUCCAAAAAAGAGUGUCGCUCCAGGUGCUGAUGCUAGCUCCGAACCCAUGAUCCUGGAGCAAUAUGUGGUGGUGUCCAACUAUGAGAAGCAGGAGAACUCUGAGAUCAGCCUCCAAGCUGGAGAGGUCGUGGAUGUCAUAGAGAAAAAUGAAAGCGGAUGGUGGUUUGUGAGCACUGCAGAGGAGCAGGGCUGGGUCCCUGCUACAUACUUGGAAUCCCAAAAUGGAACCAGAGAUGAUUCUGACAUCAACACAUCCAAAACUGGGGAAGUUUCUAAGCGACGCAAGGCUCACCUGAGGCGCCUGGACCGGCGAUGGACGCUGGGCGGGAUAGUCAACAGGCAGCAGAGUCGAGAAGAGAAAUAUGUCACUAUUCAGCCGUACGCCAGCCAGGGGAAGGAUGAGAUUGGGUUCGAAAAAGGGGUCACCGUGGAGGUCAUCCAAAAGAACCUGGAAGGAUGGUGGUACAUCAGGUAUCUUGGCAAAGAGGGCUGGGCCCCAGCUUCAUAUCUGAAGAAGGCUAAAGAUGAUCUUCCAUCUAGAAAAAAGAACUUAACUGGGCCAGUGGAAAUCAUUGGAAACAUCAUGGAGAUCAGCAACCUGCUGAACAAGAAAUCCACUGACAAGGAAACUCAAGCAGAAAAUGAGACCUCAGAAACACAUAUCACCAAGAAGGAAAUCAGUUUGCCUAUUCUUUGCAAUGACUCUAAUGGUAAUGCCAUGAUGACACCGGACAAGCAGGCUUCCAAACUGGCCCAGGGAUCUCCAGCCAUAGCAAGGAUAGCGCCACAAAGAGCUCAGAUAAGUUCUCCAAAUUUAAGAACAAGGCCACCCCCACGAAGAGAAUCCAGUCUGGGUUUUCAGUUGCCCAAACCACCAGAGCCACCCUCUGUGGAAGUGGAAUACUACACCAUUGCAGAGUUCCAGUCGUGUAUCUCUGAUGGGAUAAGCUUUCGCGGUGGACAAAAGGCAGAGGUUAUAGAAAAGAAUUCUGGUGGCUGGUGGUAUGUGCAGAUUGGAGAGAAGGAAGGAUGGGCUCCAGCAUCUUACAUUGACAAGAGGAAGAAGCCAAAUUUAAAUAGAAGAACAAGUACUUUAACCCGCCCGAAAGUUCCUCCCCCAGCACCACCCAGUAAGCCUAAAGACUCUGAAGAAGGAACAACUGGAAUGGCUUCUUCAGAGCAUACCCAGGACUCUCCCCACAAGGUGAAAUAUGAAGAACCUGAGUAUGAUGUGCCUGCCUUUGGCUUUGAUUCAGAGUGUGAAGUAAAUGAAAGUCAUCGUGAAGAGGGCACUCCUGAGAAACGACUGUUUCAGCCCCUCAAGCCCUCUCCUGUGUCAUCACUUCAGAAAGCAAAGUUCAAAGUAGGAGAGUCUUCAGAGGAUGUUGCUAAUGAAGAGGAGACCAUUUAUGAGAAUGAGGGGUUCAGGCGUUAUGUGGAAGAUUCUUUGUCCAAUAAGGAAUCUAGUGGAGACUCUGAUUCUCAGAAAAGCUCUUCUCUUUCUUUGAUUCGAAGGAACUCACCAUGUUCUCUCUCUCCUAAAUCAUCUUUCAUGAAGCCCAAGAUGGAAAAAGACAUCCAGCCCGAGAUUGGAAAAUGUCACUAUUCUAGGAGUGAGGAGGCAAAACCAAGAUCAGCUUCAGAUGUUGGCUUACGUAGCGUGCCAAGAACAGGCAUGAAGAAGGAGCCUGGGCAGAGUCCUUCAAUUAGAGCAAAACCAAUUGUUAGGCCCAAACCAUUCCUGAACAAGGCAGAUUCUCAGAGUCAAGAAAAGAUGGAUAUCAGCACUUUAAGGCGUCAGCUGAGGCCAACUGGGCAACUCAGAGGUGGACUUAAAGGUUCGAGAAGUGAAGAGUCUGAAAGCCCACCACACACAGCUUCUGAAAACCACGAUGACCAUGUGAGGAGGGGCUCAGCUGACCUCAUUACAGUUCCUUCCCGUGGCAUUUUCUGUUCUAGCCAUCCAGCCAAAACUGAGCAGGAAAAUGAUUCCAGGUGUUUCUAUGUGACCACUGACUCAUACCAGAAGGUACAGGAUUCUGAAAUUUGCUUCCCAGCAGGAGUGGAAGUGGAAGUGCUUGAAAAGCAAGCCAGUGGGUGGUGGUACCUGAAAUAUGGAGAUAUGGAAGGCUGGGCUCCUUCCCAUUACUUGGCUCUCCCUGAUAACCAGCAAGAAACCACAUCAGUGGAGACCGAUGCCUCAUUCACCAGGAACAGGAAAAAUGAAAAUAAAUCAAACAGCUUAGAGAAGAUAGAGAAGAGGGUUCAGGCUUUGAACACCAUCAACCAGAGCAAACGUGCAACACCACCCAUCCCAAGCAAACCUCCAGGUGGAUUUUCAAAAACAUCAGGACCUGUAAAAAUGCGGAAUGGUGUGAGGCAGCUUGCUGUCCGGCCUCAGUCGGUGUUUGUCUCCCCACCACCUAAGGAUAACAACUUGUCGUGCUCCUUGCGCAGAAAUGAGUCUUUAACAGCCACAGACCAUCUUAGAAAUGUGCGUCGCAAUUCCUCCUUCAGUAAUGCACGGUCACAGCCAGGUGAUGCAAAGGGAAAGCAGCCUGAGAGGUCGGGCUCCGAGGGUUCAGAGCCCACCUCCAACCUCCCCAGCCAGAGGAAUGGGAUCCCCGUGUCUACUGUCAGGCCAAAGCCCAUUGAAAAAUCCCAGUUCAUCCAUAACAACCUCAAGGACAUCUAUGUUUCGAUUGCAGACUAUGAAGGGGAUGAGGAGACUGCGGGAUUUCAAGAAGGUGUCUGCAUGGAGGUCCUUGAAAGGAACCCAAAUGGCUGGUGGUACUGCCAGAUCAUGAAUGGUGUGAAGCCAUUCAAGGGCUGGGUGCCCUCAAAUUAUUUGGAGAAAAAGAACUAGUAUUGCAAUAUCUUUAACCUCCCUAAUUUAUACUGUUCCUGCUGUGUACAUGUGGAAAAAAAUAACUGCUAUACACAAAGACCUUUCCCAUGUGCCCCAGUUUGUACAAAGGGACGAAGGAGUCUAUGCUGAGGACAAAUCUGCCAUGUUCUGGAGAGGUUUGUGGGGUUAACAUGUUGUAAGCAACUAUGAAGAUGCAGCAGUCAACUGCCUUUUUGUGAAGUUGUUAAUAAUCUUAUAUGUGUAACAGGGUAUGACAUCCCAUCUUUCCCGUUAUUGAUAGGAAACCAAGUGUGUGCCUUUCAUGAGAGAAAUACACAUGCAUCUCAACUUGGGGAGUUCUGUGCCAAACUCUUUUACAAUCUUGGCUCCCUUUUCUCCUCGUUCUUGUCCGUAUGUGGAAUACCCAAGAGUUUCGGAUGCAUUUCUACAACUUGCAGUGAGAAGCAAAUGGAAUUUUCUGAAACACAAAGGGACUCAAAUCCUUUGGAGAAGCUUUUUUUUUUUUUUUUUUUCCUUCUCAACAGUUGUUUGGUCCAGAGUUGGAGCCUUUUCAUCGUGGAGAGAUUUGGUCUCUGACUUCAUCUGUGUGUUGUUCUUUCUGCUAAUUCACCCGGAAUGGCGAUCAGGUGGUGUUGGUUGGAGGGCUCCUUGUUUCCUUUCUUUCUGUCUCCUUCUUUGAGUUGAUAUCAGGUGUUCUAGGGCAGCAAUGCCUACUGGUGCUUGUAAAGACAAACCUACAAACCCUAUGCUUAAGCACGUUUAUUACUUUGUAGGCUCCCUAUUUAGUUCUGUGCCUGACUUCUGCCAGGAGAUCCUGGUUGAGUCUAUUUACAGAACUGGGUUUCUCAAAACUUGUCAUAAAAUCAAAAUGUACAAAAGUCCCUUAAGACACUAAAGACGUGGCUGUCAAAUGUGUUGCUUCUGCUUUUCUAGCAGUCUGGUCCAAAUCCAAGCAUACUGUCUGCUAGCAGGGCCCAUAGAGGUAUUAGUUAGAAAUAGCUGUAACCUUCUGCAACAUCAGUGUUUACAACGAGGGGGGAAAAAAGCCAUCAAACUCGGUCUGCACAUCCUUAAUUUGUAUAUUUUUGGGGAAUUGUUUUUCCAUGUUUUGUUUCUUUUCUGUGCAUUCUGGGUUUUGUUUUUUUUUUUUUGUCUUGGUUUACCAAAAGAGACUUAAAACUGAAGUAGGAGCCAAAUAUGUGUUUCUGUUCCCACUUGAAUCCAAGAAGUACGUUUGUACUGGAAAGUGUGCCUGGGCUUUUCAGGCUCAGGGAUUUAAUAUCAAAGCAAUUAAGUCUAAAACACAUUAACCAGGAAGCUGCCUCUUCUAGUUCCAUUUCUGUUUGUUUUUUUUAACUCAUGCUUGGAAACGUGGCACCUGAUGAAGAUGGCGUUGUGUGAAAUAGAAGAGGCAUCCACUGCAGAAGGCUUUGGAAUAUGAAGUUAUUCUUGAGGUAGCCAACUCUUGUACUGUAAACAUCAUUGGCCAAAUCCCUACUGUACUUGAGAAAGCCUUGCUUAUUUUUUUUAUUUUUAAAAUGGUUCUGUUAAUCACUCUAAAUCAAAAUCUAAUUCUUUUAAAUAAUAGGUAGUCUUGUGUCUGUUUUAAGAGGGAAGAGGCAAACUAUUUCACUACUGGUUUACACAAGAUGAUCCAUGCCCUUUUUUUCCACCAGAGCUUCAUACGAUUUGGCUUGGAAGGUAAAGGUUACAAAGACUUAAAAAUAGCUGGGUUCGAGGGUCUGAGUAAAAUAGCACAACAGUAUUGUGUGUUAUGGGGGAUGUUUCUCUGCCAAAAAAAAAUUAUACCAUUUAUACGUUGUUCUUGUCUUUAUUCUUAACUUUUUUUUUGGGGGGGGGGGGAGGGAGGAGGGUGGGGCUUUUAAUUGCUAUGGUAAUAUUGAGAGAGUUGCCUACAGCUAACCUGUCUGAUAUCCUUUAGGUGGCCGAAAUAACAUCGAAGUGCCACAACAGGCUACAAGCAGUGCUGUGUUUUGAGGGGCUCUCAGAAUCCAGGCAGGGAGGGGUGGGUGUUUGGGAUCCCUUUCAGUUGUGGUGGCAGGAGAAGGAGGCGUAUCUGCACAACAGCUUGUAUCAGUGUGCAGGACCCUCUUUGUACCUUACAUCUUACUAUAUAAUAUAUAUGUAUGUAUCCAGUUGGCUUCAUCUUACUGGAUGUGUAUCUGAGGCAUUGUGGCCCAGUCUCAUACUUCUCCCCAUUUUUAGUUGUACUAAUAUGGUCGCAGCUGUAAAAGGCUGUUGGAGAUGUUGUGAGAUUACAAUAGAAGUAUUAUAUUCUUCUGCUGGACAGUAUUAAAUAGAGCAAUACAUAGAGUUAUCUGCUAGAUUGCAGUACUAAUAGUAGUGACUUAGUGACUUGUAUUAAUGUUAUGAUUUAUUUUAACAAUAAUGAUGCGGAAGUGGUUCAUUAUUUUGAAUUAAUGCACUUUAACAAUAAAAGAAACCAAAAUGGAAGCCAAUGCAGAGAACUAAGUGCAUUAUUUAAAGGUGCAGUAUAUAAUUAUCAUUUUCUUGAAGCACAUAUUUAUUAAGAAUUAACUUAUUAUUUAAAAUAUUCUAACGUUGUUUAGAGACAUUCCCACCAAGUCGUCUCUUUGGGGGGAAGUAGAAGCACAGCUCCCAGAUCUUCUGCAUUGAGCCACUGAAUUCUUCAAGUAUGGUGCAGAGUGAUGUGAGCCCCCCGCCCAGGGAGAGGAGAGUAGCAUACAGCUCAGAUAGGAAAGCCCAGGCUGCAACAGAUAGUCAUACUUACAUCCAGCCAAAGUUGAGCCCAGAGUAUCUCUGAGCUGCAGCAGUCCUUGUAGGAUUUGAGAAGGAAAAGCUGCUUUUUGUGGCUAUUUGUGAUGCUUGGUGCCACGUGCCUUGCAUGAUGCUGAAUGGCAUGGAUGGGUGGUGCCUGUAUUAUCACCAGGCUUUUCUCAAGCAUCAGCCCAAUGUACACAGUGGCCCAAUUGCUGCUUUAUCCCAUCUUGAAAGCUUUGUGAGGGCUGAGGAAAGCCAGAGCCUAUAGAUGAGGCUGCAAAGCCAGUGCUGUUGUGACUGCCCCCUGCCCUUCCGCAGAAGGGAUGAGUGCAGAUCAGCUGCUUGUUGUCAGCAAUGAGUGAGGGCUGCUGCGUCACACACUGGGUUUCGCACCCAGUGGGAAGGCUCUGGUUUGGGCUUCCUUUUAUUUGAUGCUGUACUUCUGAAGGACACUUCUAAAGCAAAUACCAUACCCCAGCAGCCCCCAGAAAUACUGUUACUUUCUUUUCUUUGUCCUCUCCUCUUGCUGUCAUCACAGGUGAUUUAUUUUUUUUUUUUUAUUAUUCUUGCAACUGAAAGAUAUCAGGUCAAUUUUUAAUUUUUUUUCCAUUGGCAAGCAGCUAGUUCCCAAAAAUUGCAAGCCAUUUUCUUCGUUGGCUGUGAAACAAAGGGAAAGGCCCUGAAGUCCAUCAGAGAACUGCCCUGACUGCAGGGCAAACCUGGAAGGGGGGGACUCGAAGGACAGUGCAGUGCAGAAAUGUUCGAGCUCUCCUCUGAAAUGUUCAUGUCGCCUUAAGCUUUAUUUACUAAAUUUGUCAGAACUGACACUGGAUUAAGAGCAAUAUUUAAACAUAACAUACACCUCAGUGGGCACUCAAUGCAGAAAUCAGUAGUACUGUUUAAAUCUCCCUCUUUCUGUUCUUGAACUGGACAGAAGAGGAAGUGGGGCCCCGGCGAUGCCGAUUGCAGCAGAAGGGAGCCCUCAUCUGGGGGAGAGGUGGCUGCUGUCACUGCCCCCGCUGUCCCAAAAGCCUUGAAUUGGAACCAACAGAGAACCCCAAGCCCAAUACCAUAGAACAAAAUUUGAGAAUGUGAAAAUUGCAUCUUGCUGUAUACUGCAACUUUAAUAAUAAUGAGCACUUCUGAGUUCGUUAUUGAGGUUUAUAUAAUGCCUGAAAGAUUUAAUUGCUGUUUUCCUCUGUCUCCCAGUUCAUCCCACUUUCUUGUAACAGCAGUAAUAUGGUUUUGUUGGCUGCCCUUCCCCAUGGAAGGCAGUCCCUGUUAAUUCUUCUCUCAUGUCUUGCAGUGGGUAGGUGCAGCCAUAUGUACCAGUCCUUUGCAAGCCAAACUUUCCAAGAUAAAAGAUGCAAUGGGCAUGUGCCAGGAUAUUGAAUCACUGUACAGAAACAGCACAUGCUCAGUAACUUCACAGAUUGAAAUUGGCUCAUGGUUUGACUCCUAAAAAUGGAUUUUCACAUGCACUGGUACAGCUAAAACAUGGAUGUGGCCCUUGUGGAUGCACUCCAAAGGCUCUUCCCAUUGCGAUGCUAUAGUUUGACGAAGGCAUUAUAUGACUGUUUCCAUCACUUUCAGAUCUUAAUGAAUCGUAUUUUAUUGUAAUAUAUAUUCAUUGCUUUCCUCAGUUAAAAAGAAAGUUACUGCUUUUAUCUUAUAUGAAAAACAAGGGAAUUUGGUAAAGCAUUCAUUAUUUUCAUAUUCCUAGUAUUAACAGAAUAGAACUAGUACUAUUUAAUUUUAGAUCUUCAUAGCUAGCUUGUUAAUAACUCAUAUUUUCCUGUGUUGUAUCCUACUAUUUUUUUCUAUUUUUUUCCCAAAUACUCUGCAUUCUUGAGGAAAAAAAAAAAAAAUCAAAUCCAGUGAGUGGAUAAGUGCAAUAUUCAUCGAAUAAACAGGCCCCUCAUCCAGGACUUGGAGUGGAACGUGCAGUGUGAAAUGUUUGCAAUUCUCUAUUCAUGCACUCUUAUGGGAACAGGAGAUGCAGGGGAGGGGGCAGGUGGAUAAAAACGGGACCCUUGGGUCGGUAGGGAUGGAUAGCUGGGGCUGUUGGUCUUGGAAUGGCUGCUUGUCACGGAGAGCAUCACCUGGUACUAAAAGUGUAAGGAUUAUGCAGCAUGUUGCCAGGUUUUUGUAUAGGGUGUGCAUUAAUGUCCUUAUUAAUACAGGACUUCUGAGCUAUGCUUUAAGUACUCUGUAUGUCAUCCUUGCAUGAUACUGCCUUCUGGUUUGUCUCUGCUGGUGGUUGUCCUCUUUUGCUUCAGAAUCAAUAACUUAAGAAAAUACUUCUGCUGGUGCUGUCCCAUGUUUUGAUACUGUACUGUUAUUUGUAUUUAUUCUGAGAGCUGUGGAAAUGUAUUUCUAUAUGUCCUCAUUUCUUUCUUUUUUCCUUAGGUUAACAAUAAAGAAGAAAGUCCCCAUUUUAUCCAGGUUACUUCUCACCUGCAGAAUUUCACAACUAAUCUGAUUUUUGAAAUCCUAGUUCCUGGCUUGCAAAGGAUGAUCAUUCAGUUCCAAAGUAAAGCUGAGCAGAAACUCUGCUCUUCAAAUAAUAAAAAUAAAAAUAAAAAAUCCUAUUUGAAUGGAUGGAGAAUUUCCACCUGUCCAGAGUAAUGUCACCAUCCAGGUAACAGCAAAACCUCUCUUUGAAAAACUGGACUGUUUUAAUGAGAUCCAAAAGUAAUGUGAAAGACAAGCAUUGGGUUCUUUGAGCUCUGGGGAGUGUUUCUCCUGAAGCUCUACUUGAUGUCCCUGGAGGGCAGCUGUACCUCAGCCUUCUGCUUAAUUCUUGUCCUGCUGCCCUUGAGUUUGUGAAAAGGCCUGGCUAUUGCCAGAGACCUUUGCAUUCAAAUGAGAACAGAGUUCUGCAGCUGUAUUGAAAUAGAUGUUUUCCAAAAUCCUGUCAUUGAUACUAACGCUUUACAGGUUCAUCUUGUUUUGGGGAGCCAACCCAAUUUUUUUCACUUGCUCUUGUUCAAACCAGCCAGAAGUCCAGGAGCAUCAGUAGGGUUACAAUGGCAGAAACCUUCAUGAGCGCUCCCCACAGCCCAUUCUCCUAAAGGGGCAUGGGAGUGCUGAGCUGGGGCUGCCACGCACCAUCUGCUGCAUGGAGGUUGUGCAGCGGCUUUGUGAGACCCACUGGAGCUUUGCUGCUGUCUUGCAGGUAUCUUUCCAAUACUAGCAGCUCCUUCUCUGGCAACAUCAGAUGUUAUUUAUCCAUGUAGCAAAGUGUUGUGUGUGAAUUCAGUGUUCAGUAGCUGCCAACAGCACUAAUACAAUGGUUCAAGAGCAAAUGUUUAUUUUUUUCCCCGUUUGCUUUUAAUUGUUUGAUAGAAGCAGGGACCACCGAUGUGGCAAUGCGUAGGGAAUGUGUUUGCAUGCUUGAGCUCUUCAAUGGCCUCUGCUAACCUGUGCCCGGUGCUUCUAUUUCUUUUUCUGUCUCUCUGUGCUGCUCAGUGGCCACAUCUGUUGUCUGUAGCUUCAGAUGAAGUACUGUAUGUAGGGCUGCAUCCAGAGUUCUCUCCCAGACUUGGGGUUGCAAUGUAGGUUGCUGUUGCUGCUUUUCCUCCUCAUCUUAGAGCCAGUCGGAGCACCCAGAGUUCCCCAGAACUUCCCCUUGGAUAUCUUUAUUGGGGUGUCAGCUGUGUGGGGUGUCCUUACACCACGGCUGGGGCUCUGCAGUGAUCCCUGGGUGAAAGCUGAGUGCAGACCCGAUGGCACAGGCAGAACAAAGUAGCUUCUCCCAUUUUAUAAUGUCAUGGCUGGGCUGGUCCCAUCACCAAUGUUCUUCGUUUGUUCUUGCAUCGAGGUAGUGUUGAUUCUAGUUGAAGAGUGCAAUUUUUGUUUUCUUUUGUGUCUGAGGUUUUUUUUUUUUUUAGUUUGUUUGUUUUCUUUAAUAAAUAAAUUUGGUUUAAAGCUUCACACUGGCAUUUUUACAGACCUGUUUUUGUCAGCAUAAACCACCGCUGUCCUGAGUUGAGACUCCUGUUUGUUACUGAAUCAAACUAAUGGGAACUGUAUCAAUGAUUUGGAAAGAAAUGAAAGGCAACUAUAUUGGCAGGGAAGGGGUGGGAAAAGAUAAAAUACAAGGGAAAAAAGUGUUUCUAAUAAGGCCGUAAAUUAUUUGAUCUGACACUGCAGGUGCUUUCUCUGUAUAGAUGGUUUUCAUACAUCACUGCUCUGCAUUAGGAUUUUUCAUUACUGAGAAAAGUUGAGUUUUACACUCUGUGAUGAUGGUAGUCUGUAUCCUAAAGUCAGUGAUCCCCCAAAGCAAGAGAAACACACGUGAUUGCUGUACCAGAGGCACUUUGUACCUUUCUUUCUCGGUCCUGUUUGGUGGAGGGGAGAAGCAGAGGGGAAGGAGAAUUGCAUGGCAUUGCCAAAACCCCAUCGUCAUCCUUGGGGGCAUCAAACUGUGUUCUGAGUCUGGAUCCCCUGAGCAUCCAGGUUGGGCUUGUCUGUCCUACAGAAGCAGGAGAGGAGAAAAUACUGCAGUCACUGGAACUUAGCCUAUAGCCGUUAACAAACUGGAGCAAAUAAGAAAGGAAUUAAAAAAAAAAAAAAAGCACAACCUUUAAAAAUAUGAGAGAUUUCAGUGGAUAGCCAAUGUUAACUAUUGCCUGUCUUAGAUUUUCAUAGUGGGGGGAUGUUAUAAUUGUUUCCAAUCUGUAGAUGACUUUUUUUUUUCCCCUUGCUGAAGGGGUUUGCUCAUUACUCAUGUGGGUUCAGACCUGGAGUAUUGUGGAAGCAGAGUGCAUGGAGCAUUACAAUGGCUUUUCUGUACUAUAAGUUGACUGUUAUGGGGUCAGUAGUGCACAGAGUAAGUGCAUUUCUGUUGUCUGGCUCACAUCAUGCUGCAUCAGUGCUGUUGCUGUACUGCACAUUUAAUUGCAGGCAGAGAUAUUAGUUACUUUGCUCCCAGGUUUGGGGAGAAUCAAAGCAAUGAGAUGUCUCAGUCAGGAGUUGGUAUCACACUUUCACAUCAGAAGUCUUGCCUGCAGCUUGAUUGCUGCUUCGGUCAAAGCUCAGAUGCAGAUAUCUCUGUUGGGCACGUAUAUCUGUGGCUGCUUCUAAAACUGUUAAUUAGCUCAAACGAUUUCUGGAAACAGUGGAUAAUUAAUGGAGCCUAAACCUGUUGCUGAAUGAAAGCUGGAAUCUGUCGAGUGGUUGUGCUCCCCUCUCCUAGGAGAGCACGUACGGUAUGGAAAGCCUUGCGGUUUUUACUGUCCCAAACUUAUGUUUGAUGACAAAAUCAAUCUAGGUCUGAUCUAAACAAGGUUUGCAGUGGGUUUCCUCAGUUGUUGAUGUUCUUAACAUUAGACGCUGUUGUCAUUUUUGUGUUGGUGUAGCACUCCAUUUUCUAGUGGAUAGGUGGUGGGAAUGUACUCUGUGGUGUCUUGGGAGAGCAUGUUGGUGACCAGAGACAGAGAAAUGUGUGGUUGGUUUUAGUGUGUGUGUGGUCAAGUUGGUGAUGCUUUUCUGGUUGUUAUUUUUGUUGCUGUUUUUAACAUGGGAACCAUUUUGUCUGCUCUGCUUGGGAAAAUGUCCUGAAGUUGUUGUGGUUUCUGUCGUGGUGUAUAUGGAAAAGGAAUAACUGAGAACUGUUUUGUUUUCAUAUGGAGAGAGUUAAAAAGGCGGGAGUCCGUUCCGUUUGUUCUGGGAUGUGAGUUAAGCCAAGAGGUAAAGAAAAUGAGUCGGAGGAAGCCCUUUUUGUUGUAACAGCUUGGGACCAUAUUUACUUGUGGCCCAUGGUCCAGCUCUAUUGAAGGCAGUGAAUAUUGGUCGUAGUGCAGAUGUUUGAGCUUUCUGUCCAAAUAUUGAUUCUUUCAGAGCUGACAGGUAUUUUGACAUUCAUGGCAUCAACCAUUAAUGUACCUACAGCAGACAGGAAGCUAUAAGCAGAAAUAAGUACUGCAGCCUCACGGAGUGCCCAGUUUUUGUUUAAUGAACUUGAGCUGAUGACCAACAUGAUUUUGUACAGUGAAGAGCUCCUGAUAGGGCCCAAAUGUAUUUGGCUCUUUGAGAUGCUUUCCUAGAACUGCAAAUCUGGUGUAUGAUAGAAAAUAUUGGCCUUCCAGUCAAAACUGAAAGCCAGAAAAUGACAUCUUUCAUGCAGCAGUAUCUCUUGCCAUUGGUGGCAUGAGUUAUCAUACAAAAUGCCCCUGUCUGAACUGGCACAAAACAGAAGGCCUCUUUGUGACCAGUCUCUGAGUCUGCACAUAAUCUUGGUAGAUUGAAUGCAGGUCAGAUUUGUAGGUAGAAAAGAUGAGUAACUCCUUUACAGACUAACACAAGGAUGUAGUUCUCAUUUUUGCCAAGCAAUCCCGUAGAAAUGUCCCCUGAGGUUUAGCACAGAUCCUCUGGGGACCUGUGAGUCUUUAGCUGAUAGAUACGGUACUGUGGGCCUGAUCCUGUGACUGGGACAGGAGAAGCACAUCUCUGUCACAUGCACAUCUCAUCAAAAGUGAGAUCAUAGCACAGUGUUGCCAUUGACAUUGACAUCUAGAUUUGUCACUGGGGGGACCACGGUUGUGCAAAGUGUUACCUUCUCCAUAAUCCAGACUUGCAGAAUUGAUUUUAGUGCCCAGUCCAGAAAUGGUUCAGAGCUGCCCUCUUUUCCAUUGCUACCCAACAGCCAUGUGCUGUGGCCAAGCACUUGCUCAGAGAACUGCAAUACAGUGUAAAGCAAUGGAAGUUUGGUGUGUUUUUCCCAUGUGCUGAGGCAGUGUAGUAAAACGAAAUGUUUUGGUGUGGGAUUUUAAUAAUGUCUUUGUGUGUAGAACUGAGAACUCUGCAUGGGUCUGCUCAACAGAGAGUGAGAAAAAUGUUUCAGGCAGUUGUGCAUGUGAAGACACAGAGCAAGAACUCAAGAUUGCUGUGCCUGUGAGUAGAUCCCAGCAUCCCUCUAUAGGCACUUACCAGAGCCUGGAGGUGAUCAGCAUCUACUAAUGGGCAAUCAGUACUGCUCACCUUCCUGCAUGCUCAGGACUGGCGGAGGUUACGAGGGAUGGAGUUUGGGGGCUCUUCCCUCAGCUUUAUUACAAGUUCUUGCAAUGUGAACCUCUAACAUCUUCAAAGACUCAGGCAGAAGGGAUUUGCUAAACAGACUGUAUCUGUUAUCUCCCAGUUCAUUGAUUGCUUGGACCAAAGGUGGUGCUAAAUCUGAUUUUCAUCUGUAAUAUUUAUAUUUUUUCAGACUUUUUUUUU